GAAUCUUCACUACAAACGGCGUCCGUGGUGUUACGUAAGGAAAAACCGGAAGAUUGUGUGGGAGUACUGUGGUAUUCCACGUUGUGGUUCAGAGUCUUCCCCACCUUCGCCUGAAACACCACCGCCCCCGCCGGCGCCCACUACGCCAGAGCCAGCUGCAGAGUCCACGUGUGGCCAGCGCUCCCGCAGAAAGCACUUGAAAAUCGUGGGUGGAACAGUUGCCACUGUGGAAACGCACCCGUGGAUCGCUGCCAUAUUUUGGCGAAGCAAAUCCAAGGAGACGGUGUUCCGUUGUGGGGGCAGUCUGAUCUCGUCCUGCUGGGUCCUCUCAGCCGCCCACUGCUUCCCUGACGGCUCCCACAGAAAGCCGCGCCGCUUCUCCGUCAUCCUGGGAAAAAAUGCGAUGAAUGAGACAGACAGGACUGCGGAGCAAAAUUUCAAGGUGGAAGAAAUCAUCCUCCAUGAGGGGUUUGACAACAGUGACGGAGACUUCAACAACGACAUCGCUCUGCUGAGGCUGAGGGACAGACAGGGGAGGUGUGCAAAAGACAGCAAAUUUGUGAAGACGGUCUGUCUGCCGCCGCCGCAGCAGAGGCUCCAGGCCGGAGUCACCUGUGACAUCGCUGGAUACGGGAAAGAGAAAUACGGUUUGUGGUACAAGUCUAAUUUCCUCAGAGAGGCUCAGGUGAACCUCCUCGCCGACGAUGUGUGUCGACACGAGGACUAUUAUGGAAACAUGAUCAGUGAUAACAUGUUUUGUGCCGGUCGUCCCGACUGGAGCCGCGACGCCUGCGAGGGAGACUCCGGAGGGCCGCUGGUGUGCCAGGUCGGCAGCAGGCUCUUCCUGUUCGGAGUCGUCAGCUGGGGCGAAGGUUGCGCCCAGGAGAAUCGACCCGGCGUUUACACCAGAGUGACCAACUACAACCGAUGGAUAGCAGAGAAGACGGGGCUGCCGUCCAUCGCUGCCGGAUCCAUGUUUCCUCAGAAGUGAAAGUAUUUUAUAUUUUUCUUAACAAAUCCCAUGAAAAGAACGAAACCAAUGAUGAAUGUAUCUAUUAGAAAGAAAGGCCGGGUCUAGGCAUGCUCCACCUGCCCCACUCACCCCAAACAUAGAUGUCUUUAGCUCCCAAAAAUUCUCACUUUGAGCGUGUUUUUGUCACUAUAGCAAGGACACUUAACUUGCCUGUGCAUGCUUCUAGGAUUUAAGUUAAUUUCUUGGAUUUUAGGACAUUUCUAGGAUUUGGGGACAUUUCUCAGAUGUUAGGAC